UGGUGCCCCCACAGGGCCGCCGGCGGGCAGACGAUGUGGUUCCCGAGCCAGCUACCCUAGUGACAGUGACACAGCCAGAGCCCUUGCCCGACCCGAGCCCUGCGAACACGCUGGACGCCCUCUUUCAGGCAGUGCAUCAGGCUCAGCUGGGUGACGCAGAUACGCAGGCAGCAGUGGCGGAGUGCAGCGAGCGCGUCAUGCCGUUCCAGCGCUGUCUGGAAGGGGUGUUACAGACCCGGGUACCAGGCAACAUGGAAAGGUGGUGUACCCAGGUACCAGCAGGGGCGCGGGCUGAGGUGGUACGUUUUUUCCAUGACCACACACUCGCAGGACAUCCCGGGGCCGAGCAGACCCUGGAGGCCUUGAGGCAAUCAUUCUAUUGGCCCGGGGUGACAAGCGACGUCAGGAAAUACGUCAGGCAGUGUCACACAUGUCAACAGCAGAAGGUGAGGAGGACGGAGGGGGAGGAGCCUCAGCGCCCCCGCCGGCCCCAAAAGGCUUUCCAGACCAUUGCACUUGAUAUAAUGGGCCCUUACCCCAGGACCGCCCGAGGGAAACGUUUUUUGGUAGUGGUGACAGACUUGUUUACCAGGUGGGUGGAGGCUUACCCCACCUCAAAUGUGAGGUCCGGCACCUUGGUGUCCUUGCUGGAAGGGGAGUGUUUCCUCGGUUUGGGUAUCCGGAGGUACUGCUCAGUGACAACGGAUGUCAGUUUCGAGGUCACAGAUGGAAGGAGGCGUGUGGGAGGUGGGGUGUGCAGCACCACACCACACCCACAUAUCACCCCAGGGCGAACCCGACCGAGAGGCGAAAUUAGGAAAUCAAAGCACAGCUUCGCCUCCGGUUGGGUGACGACCACACCAAAUGGGACAUUCACAUCCCCAACCUCCUCUACUGCCUACGACGACGUACCAGUGCUGUCACGGGGUACUCUCCCGUGGAGCUUGUGCAGGGGCAGAACCUGGCCCUCCCAGGAGAGUGCCGGGUGGUCUCAGCAGCAACAGAAGGGGAGUGGGGGGAGGAGCUUGGGGAAAAGCUGAAAGUUAUCAGGGAGCAGGCCAGGGCAAACCAGGAGAGGUAUCUGCAGCACCACACACCGCAGUCUAGCAGGCCCCCAAACAUGGUGUGUCCAGGGGACCUGGUGUACGUUCGCCAACACCCACUGUCCUCCAAGGCCAAGAAAUUUAAUGCCGGACUGGCCCCCAAAUGGCAAGGACCUCGACGGGUCAUCCGCCAGGCGGGGCCCACGUCCUACCUGGUUCAAACACAAAGUGGGCGACCGGCGAAAAUACACAGAGACGAUCUGCGUAUGGUCGCCGGGGAGGCACCACUGUUCCAAACACCAAACGCAGGGACAGAACAGACCAACUCUCCUACCACUCCACGCAGGUACCAGCAGACUGCGGGGAAUGGGCGUGGUGCAAUCACGCCGACACGUGCGCAGUCCGAACGUACCAAGGUGACACAGGGAGACACGCCCCCAGACCAGGACAGGAGACGCGGACAAAACGCUGACGUGGGGGGGCAAGAUCCUACGGCCAAAAAGGGGGGAGAGUCACUCCAGGCCCUGGCACCACAGGCCGCGAGCAGGACAGACGCGACAAGGGGACAGAUGAUGAAGGCGGCAUGCGCGGAGUCGGACACAGAGGGGGAGACAUGGGCCCCACUCUGGCCCUUGGAAAUGAACCUAACAGACUCAACAUUCACUAUGAUCGUUACAGAACCGGACUCUGAGAGAGAAAAGAUGACAGAGGGGACAUGGGCCCCACGCUGGCCACUAGACAUUAGUCUGACGAAUUCAACAUUCACUAUGACGGUGACGGAGCCUGACUCUGAGGGGGAGGAGAUGGCAACCCCCAUACAGCGAGAGGUUCCUACCUCCCCGAGUCAGGGGACUGACAAAAUCGUCACAUCCACCCCUAAGGCUACCCCUUCCCCACCAGCUGGAGCAGAGCCGAUGACAGACUCUCGCCCCACACGGGCACGGAGGGCCCCCGCGUACUUGGGGGAUUACGAGUGUUAUCAAAUGGCUGUGGCACAGCAAAGGGACGCGGCACCCCGGUUUAGUAUACAGCAUUGGUUACCUUUCUGCGUGUGGGACCGACACACUACACCACUCCCUAAUCAGAAUGCGCAUGCAUUUCCCUUACCCCCCAGUGCAGUGACGUGUGAGUAAAUGAGAGACGUUGGCGGACAUAGCGGUCUCGUGGGAGGGGGGGACAUUUGACGUCGACCCAAGUGUCGAACCAGCUCGCACAGCCCGCUAUGCCACGCCAACGCCUUCUCCUGCCUUGUGUUGCGUGUGCGUCGAUGUGCAGUGCGGCUAGGGCAGGGGGGGAGAUUCACACGCUAGGGGAAGUUUAAUGUAAAAUACAUAAGAAACAUUCUUAUUUGUAAAUUGUUUAUAUUAUUAUUUGAAGGGUCGUGUUUUCUUUAUUAUAAAUGGUUUAUUAUAUUGUAUGAAAUGUUAUGUAGAAUUAGUUCUCACGUGUUCACCGGGCGCCAAGGACGUGGCUUCCACCUGUGACCAAUCAGCGUGUUCCGCGGGCUCGCGAGGAGGGGUGGGACGCGGGCGCUGGGUCGCGCGAGGAGGGGAGGUAGGCAGUCGGCAGCUGGACUCAGAAGGCGACAGACGUAUCUACGAGAGCUCUCCGAGACGGUGAGAACGGGCGCGGUGUCUCGCUGCAGUUCAUGCAUUGUCGAGAGGAAGUGAUUCCUCUGUCACAGUCGUGUGGUCAUUUAGGUGUGUCAUCGUGUCGUGCAGUCAGUCACUUCUCUCGCGUGCGUGUUUUCUCCGGCAGUUUACGAGUCGCGGAGUUCUUUUGCAGGCUGGAUUUUUGCCUUCGUUUGCAUGGUAAUUUUCGGGUCUUGCUCCUCACGAACGGGACAUCACGUAUUUUCCCAUACAGUAACAGUGCGCGGAACCGGGCUCCGCCCUACAGGAUCGGUCACAGGCGGGAACCCGGCAGCCCCUUGUAAAGGGUUUGAUUUUCCGUACAUAAAGAACCUGGAAACCGUCUUUGAGUGUAUUAAUUGCUAUCCUGGUGACUUAGUCCCUUGGCCACGCGGCCCGAACCCUCUCUACCGAACACUGAGUAGCCGGCUAAAUACUAUCAUUCAGGGGCUAGUCGGCCAGGCGACGACAUGAUAAUUGAUUGAUAAUUGAUAAUAUUUAUUGUCAUUAGACACAGGGUGCAAUAGACAUUGAAGAGACAGUUUUGACAGUUGACAAUGAUAGCUCACGUUAGUUGGUAAUGAAAUAGUGCUAACAUGUCUACUUAGUGUGCAAUGCAACGAACAUGUAGCUUUAUAAGGGAAUUUUAAUGUAACAAGAAGAAAUGUUUGUUGAUUGUUUUUAUUAUUUAUUUCCGUGAUCAGUCUGUCCAGCUCCAGGUAAAAAAAAAAAAAAAAGUAAACGAUAACAAACGAUCUGAAAAUUAUUUCAAGUGAUAUAUUGCCUGCGGAUUUAAGUACAGCAUGCAAACGUUUCAGAAAAAAUCUAAUGAAAUAUUAUAUUAUGAUUGUGAAAACUUUUGUGAAUUAGAGGAUUGAAGUGCGACUAACUAAAGGUAUAGGUUAAUUUUUACCGUGCCGUAUCGUUUGUGCGAAGUGUUCUUGUUCUUGUCAUUCUCUCAUAAACUACUUAAAACUAAGGAAUAAGAAACUAUAAAAUGAAAGUUACAAAGAAGGAGGUUGUGCGUACUAAAUCAAAAACACACAAAAAACAGCAUGAGAAACAUGUUGUUGACUCACCCAAAUUAAAGCUUUUGCUUGGUAAGUCUAUGUCACGUUCAUCAAAUGAAACAAAUACUGUAUUGUCAAUCCAGCAAGACCAAGAUGAUAAUGGUUCGUCGAAUGAACUUAAAAACGAAGCUGUUCCUUUGGAAGUGAGUCAUUUGUCUGAGAUGCCAAUUAACUCUACUAAAGGAACUCAUGUAAUUUGGUCAAAUGAAGGAAUAUUACGGCAGGCACUGAUGUGUAUCAACUAUGCAUCUCAGGAAGAAAAAUUAUCAAAACUAACACAAAAUCAAACACUUGCAGGUCAUGGCAUGCUUGCUAAAAUGUUGUCUCCUGUAUUUAGUCAGAGCGUUGAAAGUAUCAAGCUGUCGCAGUCACCUCCACCUGUGACCUCAGAUCAGCCAGACUCAAAGACAUCACAGUCAUCACAACUUCCAACACCCAUUCCUCUGGAGGGGUUGCCUUCCACACCCAUGGUGUCUCUUGCAGUUCCUGCAUCUGUCUCAGGCCAAGAAAACACCAGCUCUUCAGUUUCUACUUCUUGUUCUGCUGGUUUUUCAUUGCCAGCUAGAGCAUCAACCCUCGCUGCUCAUAUUCCUUUUAACACCUGUCCAGCCAAUGUGUCAAUGCUUUUAGAUGUUAUUCCAGCCCAGAAAUCUCCUCCAAAAACUUGUAUGAAAUAUAGUCCCUCAGUAUCUAGCCCUGCAUUCAGCGAUGGAUACGUGGUAACUCCUGUCCGCUCACUUUCUUCCACGGAGGCUUCUGUUACUCUGGUUUACUCAUCACUGUCAAAACACGAACCAUCCUCGUUUAUCACACAGAGUUUACAAAAGAGCACUGUGUUUCCUUCAGCUGUGAACUUACAAACAAGUACUGAAAAUUUAAAUGAUGCUCUAGUGGAAGAUAACUGUGAUAAGAGCACAGAAGAGGAAAUUAAGUCACUUUCAACAAACAGUGAUAGACAAGAAAAUGAAAUUGUGUCAUCCAUGGCAGAUGAUAAAAUUCCGGUCACCACCCACAGCAACGACCAUCUUACAUUUGAUCUAGCACAGACGUUGUCCUUACCACCCAACACUUCGCUACCAGUGAGGUUGAGUGGGGACUCGACGCUGGACGUGAGUUGUGGCGUCCUGAGCAACGUGCAGUUAUUGCCGAGUGGCUCGUCUCUGCCCGACGGAAACCAGAUAAUAACGAUUCCCCUGACUUCGGCCACAAUCUACGGGCACCUCCCCUUGGCCGUACCCAUGUCGCCUUCGAGCGCAUCUGCGUUCCCCCUCUUGUCUUGCACUUCUUCCUCGUGGGUGAAGUCACCCAGCGUGGGUCCUCCGAAGGAAGGCAGCAUGCAGGCCACGUGCGUGCAGGCCAUUCCCAGUCCCAUAGUGGUCCACUCCUUCUCCCAGACACCGCCCGCGACCACCUCCUCCGUGCACGGCUCUGUGGCGAGUGCCGAACCGCCCACUUCGACGCCCUGCAUCCUCGCGACUCGAGCUCUGGAGACCGCUCACUUCCCAGGGCAGUCGGAGGCAGAACUCCUUCUGCAGCUGCCCAAGGACGGAGUGCUACCAGCCAUGAGCUGCAGUCAGGUGUCAUCUGUGCUGUCUGACCUGGGACACGAGGGCAGCAUUUCAUGUCACUUGGAUUUGGACGGUGACACGACACAUCACGAUGCUCUGGUCACCCACCAGGUACAACUUUCUUCGUCAGCUGACAAAGGAUCAUCUUUAGGUCAUUCUGAGGAAUUAGGACUUUGUCACAGUGUGUCGUCAGAUGAUACGUUGAUAGUACAGCACGUGAUGCGUAUGUUGACUCACCAGCACGAGCACCACCACAUGGCAUUGCCUGUAAAGCCACCGGACAUCCCCACUUCCACUCAAGACUUAUCAAGUUCUGCCCUCGUUGCUGGUCAAAGUAGCUCAGAAGUUGCACAAGCUAACUCACAGAUGCCAGUUACAAAAUCCAUGUCUCAGCUUUACCAACAAAAUGUGUCAAAAACAUCCGGCACUUCAAAUGUUGGAACAUGCAACUCGACAGUUCAAGUCCCAGACGACCUAACCACUCAAGAUGAGGUAACCAGUUCUGAACAACGCUCGAUGUCACAUUUUGUUGAUAUUAAACAGGAACAUCCGGACAACAUUCAAAAGAACAGGACUGAUGCCACAGACUUAAGGAAAUCCAGAUUAAAUGAAGAAUUUUCACACUCGCCAGAUAAAUCUCAGGAAGAAGUUAAUCAAUCUAGUUCUGUUAACUGUAAAGGUAGAAAGAAACGAAAGCGACAGCUUGGAAUUAGCAACGCAGAGGAAAUAGAUUACUCACAAUGCAUUGAACCAGUGCCGGGCUUCAAGUGCAAGUUGUGUUUGUUCAUGAGCCCGGUAGAGGACGGUGUUCGGUUGCACGUCAGGCAGGAACACUUGGCUCAGUUGCUGGGUGGCAGAGCAGAAACACGGCGCAAGCUCAAGUGCCCAGGGUGUCCGAACGUUUUCUAUUGCGUUCGGUCUCUCAGAGUCCAUCUGUUGCUAGAUCACCAGGUGGGCGACGUCGAGUUGAAAAGCAUAGUCGAUACCGUCGUCAACGGAACAAACCAAGUGAAGUACGACAAGAAGAAAGUUAAAAGAAAACUUAGUGCGGAAACAGUGGAAGACGUAGGCGUGGACUGUGUCGAUGGUGUGGAAUUACGUGUGCCGGAAGAAAGUGCCACGCCUGUCAACAGCACAAGUUGUGUUUCUCCACAGGUCACCUGCGCCAUGGAAACCCCUCUGGUCAGCCCGAGGAUGCAAGCAGAAUUGUCUAUGGAACUGCCCGUUGCUACCCAUGCUCCCAGGAUGGACUCAAAUUCUGUGUGCGUGGUCACCACGUUCAUUCCAGAUGAGACUAGCAAGAUACGUGUGCGCAACUUAAACACUGAUAACGCCAUGGCUGCUGUUAAGGAACAUGAUGUGUCGCGACAGAUGCUGCUAGCUAAUCAGUGCGUGACGGAGGAGGCUCUCUCUCGUGAGGAGGAAAUUCCUGAUGAAGAGGCGGGACGAAAUGUUCUCAUGACAGAAGUUGCACCACUUCAGCAAGCGGCUGACACCACAGUUAGCAGUAACAACUUUGAGGUUGAUGUGAAAGAUGAAGUGGGACCGGCCAGGUUCGACCACUUCCUCGGGAACUUGACGCCAAACACAACUAGUCGCAGAACCAAGAAGGUUCAGAAAUAUUCACCAGAUGCCGCGCCAGCCUAUGCCAGCAAGAAGAGCAGCAGGCAAAAUGGUGCUCCAGCGAGGAAGAGAGGCAGACCUCGGGGAUCAGUAACCAAGAGUUUGAUACCGUCAAAUGAUAUCAAUAACUGUGGGAAAUCUGUUGGUUACAGUUGUGACAUUCUGGGGUGCGCGGUACGACUGCAGUCCCACGACAAGAUAGAGUACCACCGCCGCUGCCACAAGGAGCACAGCUUCAAGUGCCCCGAGUGCUCGCACAAGACGGACCACUGGAACUCCAUGAGCAGCCACCUGUGGCAGAGCCAUGCCAUCGACAUGGAGCUGUACGCCUGCGACCAGUGCAGCUACAAGACCACCAGUUACAGCAAGUUAAUGAACCUCCACCACAGAAUACAUGGUGAUGAGAGACCAUUUUUGUGUGACAUUUGUGGGAAAGGCUUUAAGAAUCAGAAACAACUCAGGAACCACAAGGCGACGCACACGUCAAAGCAGAAACAGCUGCCGCUGGCGGACUGCUGCGAUGUGUGUGGUCGGAACUUCACGAACCUGCGCAUGCUGCGCUUGCACAAGGAAAACGUGCACGGCAAGAUGCGGCCUCACUCCUGCAGCUGCUGCGGCUAUGCUGCGUCGUCCCGCAGCUCCCUCAAGAUGCACAUGCGGCAGCAUACAGGCGAGAAGCCGUUCAAGUGUGAUGAGUGCUCGUAUUGCACGUCUGACCACAACUCGCUGAGGCGCCACAAGAUGAGGCACUCGGGCGACAAGCCCUACAAGUGCCCUCUGUGCCCCUACGCCUGCAUCCAGUCCAACACGUACAAGGCACACCUGAGGAACAAGCAUCCAGGGUCGGAGUCAGGACUGAUGUUCAGCUGCUGGUUCUGUUCGUUCCGCUCCGUCAAGAAGGACAACUACCUGGCCCAUGUAGCCGAGCACAUGGCCCAGACGCACCAGCCAAACGGCAAACAGAAAGAGAAGGCAGACAGGGUAAAAUCAAAAAGAGAUGUGAAACAUUCCCCUGUGAUAAUCGACCUAUCGUCGCCUCUGCAUGAUGUUACGGGGUCUUCAGACAGUCAAGAAGCCCUUCCAUUCACGAAUGGAGUGGAUGUAAGCAGUGAGGAUAAUAUAGAGAUGGUUUAUUCAAAAACUGCAGUUGUUGAAGAACUGAUAAAUCAAGCUCCUAGUACGGUGUGCAAGGAUGACGACACCUUUGUGAUUGAAAUGGAGCCGGAGUCAGUCUUGCAGAUAAAUGAACAUGAACAUGAGUCGUUGGCUCCUGAAUGCUCGACCCUUAAAGAUGGCUCGACUAUAGAUAGCAUGAUGAUGAUCCCACUUACUCCAUUACCUCAAGAUUUCGAGGGCGAAGAAAUCACAGGAGAUAUACACGAACCUCAAGAGUUGAAGUUCAAGGUCUCUGUUGAAGAUGUCACUACAUAAAUUGCAUUUUAUUACAGUUAGUGUAAGUUAUUUGUCCUACUUGUCAGCAUGAUUGUAUCUGUGAUGAUGAAAUCACCUGUAUGUUUGUACAUACAGAUAUUGGCAUGCUGUUAGUCACAAGACGUUAUGAGUGAACAUGAACCGUUGUGCAACAAUUUCUGUCAAACACUAUAAACAGCAUUCUCCUAAUGGUUAUAGUAUUUAUAAAUAUACUAUACAGAAAUCUAGUUUGUUUUUGUAAUGAAGACUGAGGAAUUUUAUUACAGUAUUUGAAUCUUUAAACAUUUGAUAAAACUUAAAAGUAAACAGUUAGUGUUGGGUCGAUUCCUAAUGUGCUGAUUCCAAUACCAUCAGAUUCCAAACUCGUUUUGAUAAUGCUUUUCAAACACCUUCUGGAUUUAUAAACCUGGAUAUAAACAACUGGUUGUUAUUUGACAAACAUAAUUUUAAAGCAUCUAUAAUUAAAAAUCACAGCUUAAAAGAAUAAGCCAGUACAAUUUCAAUGACUUGAGAGCACUGUAAUAAUUGACUGUGUGUGCCAGUGCUGUUUUUAUUAGGCAAUAAAACUAAAGUCAUUGUGUGUGUGUGUGUACAUAUAAAUUAAUUAUAUUCUAAACUACAAAUAAAUCUAAGAAAAAUAUCUUAUUUAAAUUGCUUUUAUUUUAUUUAUUGUGGCAAAAAUUAAUGUGAUUUAAUUUAAAAAAGGUUGGAAGCUUGCAAAUACAAUAGUUGGACUAACUGAAUCUUAUUUUAAUGAAACUUGUAGUGAAAUAAUGGUUCAAUGACAACACUUACUUAAUGACAAAAACUAACUUUAAAGUAUGAAAAGUGAGUGUACCAAACUCAGAUGAAACUAAAAAAAAUAUAAUUUAAUGGUCAGCAUUAACAUGGAAAUCUAGCAAUUAUGAUUUUUGAGAAAUUGCUAUCACUCAACUGUUAUUUCACGAAAACAUAAAUUUUAAAUAAUAAACCAAGAGUGAUUGAAAAGGUUUACAAUUCAUGGUGUCCACUUUCUGGAAAGUCAGGGAAAAUUAUUAAAAAGUAAGGUAAGUCAGGGAAUUUACUUGAAAUCCUGGAAAAGGCAUGGGAAUUCCCUAGCAAUAGUAAUGUGAGGGGGAAAUAUCAUGAUCCAGUCUGACAUCACUCAGACUGUGAAAGUAUUCUUUUUUGAUGGGUUUUAUAAAAUGCUCUAUGCGAGGUUCUUUUUAAACUAGGCCAGCUGCGGGGAUGUUCGAGGCUCAAUUUUUUUUAUUUCUUUCAGAAAAUUGCAAAAUAGGUAAAUUAUUUUAAAACGAUAGUCACUGAAGUUAGAAAUUUUGGUUAGGAAAAUUGAUGUGUACAUCUUGAAAAUGGAUAGUUUCCUUAUUGAUUGAGCAAAAACCUUAAUUAAAAAGGACAGUACUUUGACUAAUUGGAAAGUCUCAAAUAGACAAAUUCCUAACUAACAAUACUGCAUAGACUAUUUUGUUCCCCCAAUUAAAAUAUUACAUUUAUAACAGUUUUAAAGUUUAGCUACAGGGAAAGAAAUUUCAACUCUAAUCUAGAACAAUUGGCUUACUUGGGGUCUGAACCAUUAGGUGCCAUUGGAAUUGACCAACACAUGAAUUUGAAUCGACCCUCCACUAUGAAAUGCUUGUAGUAUAUAAGUGACAAAGAAAUUUUGCUGUUUGAUUAAUGAAUGUUUCCUUAAAACUGUAUUAUGAAACUUGUGAACUGAAAAAAAUUGUUCCUAAGAUAUUUUGGUAGGAAUUUAAUAUAACUAUCUCUAUUAUUAGGGCAACAGCGCUGUUGGGUAAGUCACUGUAAGUUACAUAAUACUUGCUCUAUGUUUUGUAGAAAACUGUACGUUUUAAGGUCUUUAAUCCUGCAUGCUUAGGACCACUGCCUUCUGGAUCAGCGAUUUUGCCGGAUUAUUGACUGAACACUUACUUGAUUUUGAUCGCAACUUGUAAAACUACACUUUUGGGGCGUUAAGAAGAACUGAAUCUACUCAGCGUUACACUGGAACUCAUUUAGUUCAAGCUAAAAUUCCAUUGUCACUGUUUCGUUGUCCACAUUACACAGUGUGCCAAAUAAGUUGUACCCACCUGCUUAUCUUGCUUCCAACCAACAAGGGGGCAAAUGCAUGAGACAUAAGACAUUGGUUCAAGGAAAAAGACUAAGAAAUAUGUUAAUUUAGCUUUAAGUUUCUUAGUCAAAAUUGUCUGCACCAGAACAAUGAACCUGUUAUUUGUUUCACCAUUUAAAGAAAUAAUCAAAUACUCUGGUGCAAUAACAACCCAUUUUAUUUCAUCAGGCGCAGGGGGUAUAAGAUACAUGAAGGCUGCAGAAGCGGUGGUUACAGGUUUGUGCUAUCUGCAAAACAACAAUAUACAUUAACCUCAGUAUUAACGUAAAGUAGGCAGCCAAAUAAUCCCCCAAACCACCCAAGAAAAAGCAGUGUGAGAAAUCAAGUACUAUCAGAAAUAAUUAUACAUUAACAACCUUCAGUUAUAUUUCUUAAAUACACCACACUCCAUGUACACAAUAUAUCCAAAACCAUUUCACAAAUAUGGUUAACUUAUUUUGCUUUAAAACUUGCUAAAUGACAGGUAAACUGUGGGAUAAUUAUAAAUAUCCAAAUCACAAAGAUUCGUAGCUUGUUCCACAAAUCAUAGACCAAUAUCUUGGUAACUAUAUUGGCUUUUAUUUUCUCCAAAAGCCCACUGCACUAUCUAGGAAUGGUAACUUUCUGGUAAAAAGGCUCAAACCAGUGCUAUGCAAAUAUCAAACUCAUCAUCUCUAUCAGGGACAUUGUACUCUCCCAUUUGCAUUCAAUAAUGAUGGUAAUUAGUAUUUCAGUAAUGCCAAGGAAAUUUGUUAAUCACUAAUCUCAGGGCUCAACAAACAAUACUGCUUUAAAAUUGAUUCAACAAUUCAUCAAACAGCUCUAUCUCAGAGAAAACCUAGAGCCAGUAAAGGCCAUAGCUGGCUAAGUAGGGGUGAGCGGCCCCCACGCGCAUUCGUUCCAAAUUUUGGCCAAAAGUUGCAUCUGAUGGGUUACAAACUCACCGCAAAUUCAACCUUGUAGCUUCACUAGGAACAAAGUGACAGCGAUCAUACCUCCCAAAAUGGCAUGCCUGUAGAUCUGCAUGCACUAGCUUUGGCUUCGCUAACACAAGGCAGUUGAGCAGGUCCGCAGAAACGCAAACACCAGUCACUGGCAGGCUUGAAUGACGCGCUGUUCCAGUCAUAACCACUGUCUUUACGCAUCAAGUAACAUAAACUUAAAAAUAAAAACAGUAUACUCCGAGAGGCGGCCUUAACUAGGCCCGCAGAUGCCGCCAUGUAAUGUCCAUGCCUCCGUCACCCUUGGUCGUCACUCUCUCGCGGCUCACAGUCUACAAUAACGCCGCACGCGCUACAAGUCCGUCUGCAAUCUUAAUCAUGCCCACACAAAAGUUUACACUUAUAUUUAUUUGACCAAUAAUAUGCUUAUAAUAAAUGGGUUGGCAUUCGUAUAAAAAUAACAUUCAUAAUUAAAAAAAUGAACAUAUAAAAUAAAAAAACAAUAUUCUUGAUAAACUUCUGGCCGAAUGUUCUCAAAGUUUCUAGAAUGGUGCUACCAAUUUAACCCUAGAUCCACUUGAAAUUAUGGUGCACCAUGUGAGUCCUUUCUUGGAAAGAAAUAUACUACUAUUUAAGACUUUGUCAAUGAUUUCUCUUAAAACCUCAGGGCUGUUUCAAGUACAAAAAAAAAAAGCACAUAACUCAAGAGAGUUUACAAACUUAAAGGGUAUUGAAAUAAAAUUUACAAAAAAGCCUUAGCAAAUGGGGCGGUACGCCACAAUAUAUAUAAUAUAUAUUAUCUGUUUGAUUACCAUCCGUUCUGAACUACGUCUAGCUCAUCAGGUAGUUAGUUUAUAAUUGAUUGCAAAAUUUGUACAGACCAACACACAAACAGAUAAGAAAGCGAGUGAAUAUUGCAUUGUUGUCCAGUUCUAAGCUAUGUUUAAAGUUUCAAAAGUCAAGCGCAUCUGGAACUUAGUUUAAAUUUUAUUGGGAAUUUGUUCAGAACAACCUGACUAGAAAGCGAGUUAAUAAAAAUAAAAAUGUUGUAAAAAUUGUUAUUUGCACACCUCUAUUAAACACAGCUUAUACUUGUGAGCCAAUGGUUUUUUAUCGUUGGAAGUUGCAUUUAGUAUGGAAAGACUAAAAAAGUUGUGCAUUUAAACUUUGAUCAUGAGCUAGUAAAUGAUCAUUGUGUUUUCAAAUGCUACUUGUAAUACUUAUGUGUUUAAUGGUGUCUUUAUAGUGUUUUUGAAAUAUUUAUGAAUAUAUGACAGACACAGAAUUGGUAAUAGUAUAUUAUUAUUAGUGAUUCUUCAAUACAGUAUCAUUAACUUUACCAUAGAAAAAUAAAUAUUUUAACAAAAAAAAAUCAAAAUUUUAAACCUUAGUUUAAAUUUUUUAAAUAAAUUAUCUAUCCAAGUCAAGCUGAUCCGUAAUGUUCUAAUGCCUUGGUAUGUAAGGCAAACUUGAACACAAUUUGAUGAUGAAAUGUGUUAUACUUACAAAUGAUGGACUUAAGAUGAAAGUGUCCCAACAUUUUUUUUAGCUUUGGAGUGUUUUUUAACGUAAGUAAUAAUAAAAUUUGGUUUUUAUUCAUCUGUUAAAUGUAUUUUGUAGAACAAUAAAUAAAGAAUACAUUAAUAACAAUUUAUGUUAGCUUCUAUUAAUGCAGUGGGAAAAAAAUAUAAAUGAUGAAAACAUUAGCAAGAUUGGAAAUUAAAUGGAUAAAAUACUGGAAUUGAUGCAUUACAAACUGUUAUCUGCAAAUCUGUGGCAUAAUAUAUAAUUUCAUGGUUACUGAAGAGUUUCACUGUUUCAUAGAUUCAUGGUGCAUGUCAUGUGCAAACAGCAUGUGGUUUAAGCAGGAUUAUUUAACUUGCUUUAACACAUAAACUGGUAGUACUUGAUGAUUGCUGUGAUACGAACUAAAACAUUUUGAAUGUUUUUUAUCUAUGUACUUUGUGGAAAUAAUUGUGAGAUUCGAAAUAAAUUGAGCUGUUAUGAUUUUUUUUAAACAUUUUUGGUAAUAAAUUUUUACAAUAUAGGUAAUGCUAAAUUAAGUUUUGCAAGGUUGUAUUGUAAACUGCAGAGAAUUAUUCUUGACUGUCACAUCAAACGGGGGGAUAUUAUGAUUUAUUGUAUAUUCUUGUGAAAAGUCACUGGUGUUUUCUAUCACCAUCUGCGUAUCUGCCAAGUUUGCUGCAGUUCAACAUUGUGGAACUUAUAUAGUGUUGUUUUAUGUGUAUAGUCUUGAUUUAUGUGCUGAAAGAAUAAACUGCUUGUCCACGUAAUUUUAUUUAGUGUAAAUAUCAAGGUACUAUAACUAUGUACUGAAGCAAAGGCAGUGAGUCAAUGUUAAGUGGGUGGCUUGGUUGCAACGUAUCUUUAUUGAGAAUGCCUUAUUUAUAGUAUUAUAGUCACUGGCAUGUUCAUAACAUGAAACGUUUAAAAGAUUUUUUUUUAACUUCAUGGCACUGCUAACAGUUGCUGCAUGAUUGAAAAAAUAUAGUCUGGGAUUAGUUUUGUCCAAUGGUUUAUCUGUAUAUGAUUUGAAUCUGGCACUUAAUAUAACCUACAACUUAUCUGAACAUUCUAAAUUUAAGUAGGAGAUUUUAACCUUAUUGCGUUUCAGUCCGUCAUGUUUAGAUCUUCAGGGAUGUUAUGAUGUCAAUGCAUUUUUAAAAAUUAAAUUAAAUUUAGAACAUCCAUAAAAUUGAUUACUUAAUUAGUAGGUGAGGGCUUAGGUCUGAGAUGGCUGAUGCAUCCCGCUCCCGUGGUGAGCGUCACAGUGUGAUCCCAGCACUCCAGCAUGGCACACGUGAGAACAGAGUCGCCACCUAAGUGGUCGAUUAAAUGCAAUGGUCUUGAAGGCACCAUGCCUCAAUUCCUCUGUGUAUAACCACACAACAGAAAACCCUUUAAAUAAAAAUUAAAAAUAUAUAUUUUGAUUUGUAUGCAUUUUGAGUAUAUAUUUAAGAAAUAAACUUGCAAUUCCAUUCAAGAUUUAAUAUUAUAAAGGUGGUUGUAUGGUUCUAGUUGUUUCAGCUCUUUAAUCGUAUAUAUGGCCCAAUUGGAAAAUACUUAUAUCUUAAAUUACUUUCAUUAAAUUUUGUAAUUUAUUUCAUGUUAAAUAUUUUGUAAGUUAUUUAGGCAAAAAAAUUUGUUUUUGUCUGGGUGGAUUAUGAUUAAUAGUUGCAUAAUAAUAUUGACUUAGCAUUUUUUUUUUUUGGGAUUGGUGAUUAGCUACUGACUGAAAACUUCUUUUUUCCUCAGUGGGACAAUAUUAGCAAAAUGAAAUGCUUUUUUCAUGAUUUGAAGUACAAACAAAGUAGGAUUUAAAAUGAUGUAUAGAAAAUUUAUAACAUUGUAGACUUUUGUGGCGAGAGGCAUUAACUUGUUUAGUUUCUGUGUUGAACCCACACAUGUUGGGCAUAUUAACAUUUUCACAGAUGUGGGCUCAGCUAAGAAGCAAAGGACAUUUUGUGUCCAUAUUUAAAAUUGUAUAUUUUUUAGCUUUAUAAAAAAAAUAUACAUAUUUGUAGUAUUCAAUCUCCAAAUAUUUUCCUAACAAACAUUUUCCAACCAUUUCAGUACAAAUAAACCAUAAAGUUUUAGGAAUAUAAAUUUUGUUUUUUUGAAAAAAAGCUAUGAUCAAAUGGAAUAUUGUGUUUAAUGUAACUAUGUUUUGAAGAUCACAAAUCGAAUUACUUUAUGUGUUGAUUAAUUUUAUUUCUAGUCAGUACUUUGCAAAAAUAACACCAAUCCAUCAAUAUAUUAUUUUACCCCUUGGUAUAAGUUUACAGAAUAGAGCUUUACAAUUUCUUCCAUUAUUUGUUCAAGCAAAUCCUUAUACCACUCAAAUAGCCUAAAGUGUGCUAUGAGUUGGGAUGACUGAAUCAUGAUGUCUGACCAGUAGGAACAUGUUUGUUGUCAUGUUUUAACAACUGCAUAAAUACCUAUAUAUUCAACUGUAAAAAACUUUGUAAACAUAUUUCCGUGCAGUAAAUUAUGCACAUCACUUAUAUAAAUACGUAGGUACAUUUGUAUUUGAAAUUGUUUUUGUCAUUUUCAGCUGAAAUUCACAACACUUGUGAUUGGCAUGACUACGUAUCGCGGUGCUUUUUGGCAACUUGCAUUUAAUCGGGCACAAUUUUGGUUCUUAAAAUCAGGAAUGAUAAUUUAAGGGAGAAUGCUGUCUUGGUGCUGCUUGCUGUCUAAGUCCUCCCUCCGCAAGUAGUUAAAAUGGAUGAAAAAACAUACAUAUUUUUCAUGUAGAAUUGUUUCAAAUUUGUAGUGAUAAUUGAUUUGGCCUUUGGUGUUACUGAAUUAAAUGUUUUUUCUGCCUCAACAAUAAUAAAAACAGUUGUAAUAUAACAGAGAAUGUAGCCAUGGCAUCUACAAAAUGAGCAGGAGUUGGCUGGGUAAACCUGUAUGUCACAAUGACAGGUUUUUUUAAAGUCUUCAAUUAAAGCUUCCACCAGGUUAGUCACCUGAGUUUGCAUACAAGCAGCCGUGGAGGUUUCCAUGGAAGAACCUUUCACACAAAACUUCCCUCCAGCUUCUGCAAGAUUUGUUAACUUACGUAGCUAAACGGUUUUACUUUGGUAAUCAUAAAUGUUACACGCAAACAAAAAAAUUUUUUUUUCUCCCCUUCAGAAUAUCACAAAAUUAAUUUGUGCCUGAAAACUAUUAUAUAAUGGGACUAAAUUGACUCAAAAAAUGUAAGUUAGUUUUAAGUGAGGGUUUAACGGAACAUGCUAUUCAUACCAACUAAAUCCGAGGUGUAUUUGAUACGUUGUCAGUGGUCGUAUUUCUGGGGUCAUGCCUCUUGUCAAGGUUGUUAGCCACAAACCAGUGCUGUGAUUCUUAUGAAUGAAACAGAUAUUUGCUUCAGUCGAUACCAGAUGAAACCAUUUUUUUGCAAUAAAGGGAACUAUACUUGCAGCUGUCAUGAACGCGUGCUUGUUAUGAGGUAGCUUCUUUUGAAAUUUAAGCUUUUUUUUUUUUUAAUGCACCAUAGUAAUUGUAAAUAAGGUAUAAUUUAUAAGAAAAUCCCUUCAAUUAUAUAUACAGAUCAUAGGAUAAGGUGGUUGUUUCCCAGGUUGUGUUAUACAAGUAAUGACUUUUGUACUCAAGCUCUAUUGUUUAAUCAUUUUGCAUCACAAAUUGUUAUUAUAUUUUGUUUCAUAAUUUUAAUUCAAACUUGAACAUUCAUUAAAAUUUUAUAUUGUUGAUAUGCAAACUUUAAUUUUGCGUUCAUUUUGAUUUUACUACUUAAUAUUAUCUAGAAGUACACUUACAAAAAAAUUGUCAGUAUUUUAAAUUAUAAAUUGAAAAAAAAAAAUAAUAAUUUAAGCAAUACAUUGGUGACAAUACAAAGCAGUAUUGUUUUGAUUUAACCAUAGUUUACUGCGUGAUAACUCGAAACUACUUAUGUUACAAGUCACAUAUGUACAAAAGUUUCAUCUUAUGAUUCAAAGUUGUGUAAGUAGCUAUAGAGUUGUUGGUGUUUGUAAAUAUUAUCUACUUGUGAGUCAGGUUGUGCUAGAAUUUAAGAUAAACAGUAUUAUUUAAUUUUAAUAUUCAUUGUUUACUGCUUAGCAUAUGGCAUUUAGUUUGUGUUAUAAGUUGAUGUGUUAAUACAUGGCUGUAUUUUUUUUUCCAAAUAUUUUUAUAAUUUUUUGAGUAAUAUGCAUGAAGACUUUUUAAUUGUGUGCAUAUUUUUUUGUUUUUAUUUCAAUGGUGUAUGACUUGCUGUAUCACAGCUUCACAAAAAUUAAAAUUAAUUUGAGAAGUGCUGUAUUUUGAAGUGAAAUAUUCAUAAUUAAUUAUUGAACUGUGUGUUUAUAUUUUUGUAUAGAAAUUUGUGUAAUGUCUGUAUGUGAAGGUAUUUCUUGAGUAACUUAGUUGUUGCAUUGUAAAUAAAGUUUCUGUCAGUUUCUU